CAUCACUUUCGAGUUUUUAUACCUUCUCUAUUCGGCUCGUUGUUUCUGUUUUAAAUUCAGUGGCAUUUCAUCACGGUGUUCGUGGAGGAGGUCGUAGUUAGCAGUUAGCUUAGCAUAGCUAUCUGGCCGGUGGAGCAGAAAUCUAACCAUGGCUCAGAUCCUGCCUAUUCGCUUUCAGGAGCACCUCCAGCUCCAGAACCUGGGAUUUAACCCAGCUAAUAUUGGCUUCAGCACGCUUACUAUGGAAUCUGACAAGUUCAUCUGUGUGCGAGAAAAGGUGGGCGAGCAGGCGCAGGUGGUCAUCAUCGACAUGAGCGACCCCAAUUCGCCCAUCCGCAGGCCCAUCUCAGCAGAUAGCGCAAUCAUGAACCCAGCCAGCAAAGUGAUUGCCCUCAAAGCUGCGAAAACCCUGCAGAUUUUCAACAUCGAAAUGAAGAGCAAGAUGAAGGCACACACCAUGACUGAGGAUGUGACAUUCUGGAAGUGGAUCUCCCUGAACACCGUAGCACUUGUAACAGACAACACAGUCUACCACUGGAGUAUGGAAGGCGACUCGCAACCUGUUAAAGUGUUCAACCGGCAUUCCAGCUUAGCAGGCUGCCAGAUUAUCAACUACCGCACCGACACCAAACAGAAAUGGCUUCUUCUGAUUGGGAUUUCGGCACAGCACAACCGUGUGGUCGGAGCAAUGCAGCUGUACUCUGUGGACAGGAAGGUGUCGCAGCCUAUCGAGGGCCACGCUGCGGGCUUUGCUCAGUUCAAAAUGGAAGGGAAUGCUGAAGAGUCCACAUUGUUUUGCUUUGCUGUUCGUGGUCAAGCUGGAGGAAAGCUCUACAUUAUCGAAGUCGGAACACCUCCGUCUGGCAAUCAGCCUUUCCCGAAGAAAGCCGUAGAUGUGUUCUUUCCGCUGGAAGCCCAGAACGACUUCCCUGUUGCUAUGCAGAUCAGCCCCAAGCAGGAUGUGGUCUUUCUCAUCACCAAAUAUGGCUACAUUCACCUGUAUGACCUUGAAACUGGCACUUGCAUCUACAUGAACAGGAUCAGUGGGGAGACCAUCUUUGUCACCGCUCUCCACGAGGCUACUUCUGGCAUCAUUGGUGUCAACAGGAAGGGACAGGUGCUGUCGGUGUGUGUGGAGGAAGAGAACAUCAUCCCCUACAUCACCAACGUCCUGCAGAACCCUGAUCUGGCACUGCGCAUGGCUGUACGCAACAACUUGGUUGGUGCUGAGGAGCUCUUUGCACGUAAGUUCAACACUUUGUUCUCAGUGGGCAACUACUCUGAGGCUGCCAAAGUAGCUGCCAAUGCACCAAAGGGAAUUUUGCGGACCCCAGACACCAUUCGGCAUUUCCAGAGCGUUCCCGCCCAGCCAGGCCAGACCUCUCCUCUGCUUCAGUACUUCGGCAUCCUGCUGGAUCAGGGCCAGCUCAACAAGUUCGAGUCCCUGGAGCUUUGCAGGCCUGUACUGCAGCAGGGUCGCAAGCAGCUGCUGGAGAAGUGGCUAAAAGAAGAUAAACUGGAGUGCUCUGAAGAGCUGGGUGAUUUGGUCAAAUCUGUGGACCCGACUCUCACUCUCAGUGUCUACCUGAGAGCAAAUGUCCCUAAUAAAGUGAUUCAGUGUUUUGCUGAGACUGGACAGUUUCAGAAAAUAGUAUUGUAUGCAAAGAAGGUUGGUUACACUCCAGACUGGAUCUUUCUGCUUCGAAACGUGAUGCGGAUCAGUCCAGAGCAAGGCCUGCAGUUCUCCCAGAUGCUGGUGCAGGAUGAGGAACCUCUUGCUGACAUCACCCAGAUUGUGGAUGUGCUCAUGGAGUACAACCUGAUCCAGCAGUGCACUUCCUUCCUGCUGGAUGCUCUGAAGAACAACCGGCCCACUGAUGGCCCUCUGCAGACCCGGUUGCUGGAGAUGAACUUGAUGCAUGCUCCACAGGUGGCUGACGCUAUCUUGGGAAACCAAAUGUUCACCCACUACGAUCGAGCUCAUGUGGCCCAGUUGUGUGAGAAAGCCGGAUUGCUACAGAGAGCCCUGGAACACUACACAGACCUGUAUGACAUCAAAUGUGCUGUGGUGCACACCCACCUUCUCAAUCCUGAGUGGCUGGUGAACUUUUUUGGCUCGCUGUCAGUGGAGGAUUCUCUGGAGUGCCUGAGAGCCAUGCUCUCAGCCAACAUCCGCCAGAACCUGCAGAUUUGCAUCCAGGUGGCCUCCAAAUACCAUGAGCAACUUACCACCCAGUCCCUCACCAAGCUCUUUGAGUCUUUUAAGAGCUUUGAAGGGCUGUUCUACUUUCUUGGCUCCAUUGUGAACUUUAGUCAGGAUCCAGAGGUCCAUUUCAAGUACAUUCAGGCAGCCUGUAAAACUGGACAGAUCAAAGAGGUGGAGAGAAUCUGCCGAGAGAGUAACUGCUAUGACUCUGAACGUGUGAAGAAUUUUCUUAAGGAAGCUAAACUGACUGAUCAGCUGCCUCUCAUCAUUGUGUGUGACCGCUUUGACUUUGUCCAUGACUUGGUCCUUUAUCUGUACCGCAACAAUCUGCAGAAAUACAUUGAAAUUUACGUGCAGAAGGUGAACCCCAGCCGCUUACCUGUGGUGAUUGGUGGACUGUUGGAUGUAGACUGCUCAGAGGAUGUCAUUAAGAACCUGAUCCUGGUGGUCCACGGACAGUUUUCCACCGAUGAGCUGGUGGCCGAGGUGGAAAAACGGAACAGGCUGAAGCUGAUGCUGCCCUGGCUGGAAGCUCGUAUUCAUGAGGGAUGUGAAGAACCUGCUACCCACAAUGCCCUGGCUAAGAUCUACAUCGACAGCAACAAUAACCCUGAGCGAUUCCUCAGAGAGAACCCAUACUAUGACAGCCGUGUGGUGGGCAAGUACUGCGAAAAGAGGGACCCCCAUCUGGCUUGUGUGGCUUAUGAGAGAGGACAGUGCGACCAAGAGCUUAUUAAUGUGUGCAAUGAAAACUCCCUCUUCAAGAGUCUGUCUCGGUAUUUGGUGCGUCGUAAGGACCCUGAGCUGUGGGCCAGUGUUCUCCUGGAGAGCAACCCCUAUAGAAGGCCACUGAUCGACCAGGUGGUGCAGACUGCACUCUCAGAGACCCAGGACCCAGAAAAGGUGUCCGUUACAGUGAAAGCCUUCAUGACUGCUGACCUGCCUUAUGAACUGAUUGAGCUUCUUGAGAAGAUUGUUUUGGAUAACUCUGUUUUCAGUGAGCACAGGAACCUGCAAAACCUUCUGAUCCUGACGGCCAUCAAAGCUGAUCGCACACGCGUAAUGGAAUACAUCAACCGCCUGGACAACUACGAUGCCCCCGACAUAGCCAACAUUGCCAUCAGCAACGAGCUCUUUGAAGAGGCAUUUGCCAUCUUCAGGAAGUUUGAUGUCAACACAUCUGCAGUGCAGGUUCUGAUUGAGCACAUUGGUAACCUGGACCGGGCAUAUGAAUUCACUAAAAGCUGCAAUGAGCCUGCCGUGUGGAGGCAGUUGGCUAAAACUCAGCUGAAGAAAGGCCUGGUAAAGGAAGCCAUCGAUUCCUACAUCAAGGCUGAUGACCCAUCGGCAUACAUGGAAGUAGGACAUGCUGCAGCCCAAAGUGGGAACUGGGAGGAUUUGGUGAAGUUCUUGCAAAUGGCACGCAAGAAGGCCCGUGAGUCAUAUGUAGAGACUGAGCUGAUCUUUGCAUUGGCUAAAACCAACCGCCUGGCUGAAUUGGAGGAGUUUAUCAAUGGCCCGAACAACGCCCACAUCCAACAAGUUGGUGAUCGUUGCUAUGAUGAGAAGAUGUAUGAGGCAGCUAAGCUGCUGUACAACAACGUGUCUAACUUUGGCCGCCUGGUUUCCACUUUGGUCCACCUGGGAGAGUACCAAGCUGCUGUGGAUGGAGCACGCAAGGCCAACAGCACACGAAUCUGGAAAGAGGUCUGUUUUACCUGCGUAGAUGGGAAGGAAUUCCGUCUGGCACAGAUAUGCGGCUUGCAUAUUGUUGUCCAUGCUGAUGAACUUGAGGAGCUCAUUAACUACUACCAGGACCGUGGCUAUUUUGAGGAGCUGAUCACCAUGUUGGAGGCAGCUCUGGGGUUGGAGCGCGCUCACAUGGGCAUGUUCACUGAGUUGGCCAUCCUCUAUUCCAAGUUCAAACCACAGAAGAUGAGGGAGCAUCUGGAACUCUUCUGGUCCAGAGUCAAUAUUCCCAAGGUAUUGAAGGCAGCAGAGAAGGCUCAUCUGUGGGCGGAGCUGGUCUUCCUAUAUGACAAGUAUGAAGAAUACGAUAAUGCUAUCAUCAUCAUGAUGAACCACCCUGCCGAUGCCUGGAAGGAGAGCCAGUUCAAAGACAUUGUUACUAAGGUGGCUAAUGUGGAACUGUAUUACAGAGCCAUCCAGUUCUAUCUGGAGUUCAAGCCUCUGUUACUGAACGAUUUGCUUAUCGUCCUGUCCCCAAGACUUGAUCACACACGUGCUGUUAACCUCUUCUCUAAGGUUAAACAGCUGUCUCUGGUUAAACCAUACCUGCGAUCUGUACAGAACCAUAACAACAAAUCGGUCAACGAAGCACUAAAUAAUCUCUUUAUAAUAGAGGAGAACUACCAGGCUCUGCGCACAUCCAUCGAUGCCUACGACAACUUCGAUAACAUAUCUCUGGCCCAGAGCCUGGAGAAGCAUGAACUCAUUGAGUUCAGGAGAAUUGCUGCCUACCUGUUCAAAGGCAACAACCGCUGGAAGCAAAGUGUGGAGCUCUGCAAGAAGGAUAAACUCUACAAGGAUGCCAUGCAGUAUGCAUCAGAGUCAAAGGACACAGAGCUGGCCGAGGAACUGCUGCAGUGGUUCCUACAGGAGGAGAAGAAGGAGUGCUUCGCUGCCUGUCUCUUCACUUGCUAUGACCUCCUGCGGCCCGACGUGGUGCUGGAGAAGGCCUGGAGGCACAACAUCAUGGACUUCUCCAUGCCCUACUUCAUCCAGGUCAUGAGGGAGUACCUCAGCAAGGUUGAUAAGCUGGAUGCAUCCGAGUCUUUGAGGAAAGAGGAGGAGCAAGCCACAGAGGCACAACCCAUUGUUUAUGGCACACCCCAACUGAUGCUCACUGCAGGCCCAAGCGUCCCUGUUCCUCCUCAGCAGCCUUACGGCUAUGGCUACACCGCCCCUGCUGGCUACGGCCAGUCAGCGCAGCCCGGCUUUGGCUACAGCAUGUAGAGUCGUCCC